ACCCCAAAGGACCCACCGCGUUGAGUUUCUCAACAAGACUGAAAGAAAGAAGUGUCCUUUGACUCUUGGGCAGAGAGAUAUUUUGAUUGUGUGUUUCAGCAGUAACCUUCCACCAUGUGCGCCCCCUCUUUGACUCCACUGGUAUUUUAGGCUUCAUUUUUGGAAUCUUCUGGUGGGUUUUGUCAGAGCUGCAAUAAUAAUUACUUCAAGUGGGUGGGUAGUUGUUCACUUAUUCCUUGUGUUUGUGGAGGGGUUGACCUGAAUUUAUUGUCCUAUUUGGAUCUUUUUCUUGUUUUCUCAAGUGGGUUAGGAUCAAGUUUCUUACCUUUUUGUUCUGUAAUGUGGGUUUUCUUCAUAUUGAUAGGGUUUGUGAAUUUGGGUUCUGCUAAUUUUGUUGGAAAUUAGGGUUCUUGGUGUUCAAUUGUGUGGCUUGUUGACUUUGUGAAAUUAGGGUUUGUGGUUUUAAUUUGGGGGUUUAAGUGGCAAUAAUGGCUUGUAUGAAGUUAGGGUCUAAAGCUGAUGCAUUCCAGAAGCAAGGCCAGGCUUGGUUUUGCACAACCGGUCUCCCAAGUGAUAUUGUUGUUGAAGUGGACGAUAUGUCUUUCCAUCUCCAUAAGUUCCCUUUGCUUUCAAGAAGUGGGGUCAUGGAAAGAUUGAUAGCAGAUGCAUCCGAAAAAGGAGACACAAAUUGUACCAUAAGCCUAAACGACAUUCCGGGUGGGGACAAAACAUUCGAACUCGUUGCUAAAUUCUGUUACGGUGUAAAACAUGAAAUCACCGCCUCGAAUGUCGUACACCUCCGGUGCGCAGCCGAGUAUCUAGAAAUGACCGAAGAAUACGGAGAGGAUAACUUAAUUUCACAAACCGAAAUCUUCGUCAAUCAAGUUGUGCUUAAAAAUUGGAAGGAUUCUUUAAAAGCACUCCAAACGUGCGGUGAUGAAAAUAUUCUCCCUCACGCUGAAGAGCUUAAUAUUGUAAGACGGUGCAUAGAGUCAUUGGCGGUCAAGGCGAGCACCGACCCAAAUUUGUUUGGUUGGCCCGUGAUUGACCACGGUGGGCCCAUGCAAAGCCCGGGUGGUAGUGUGUUGUGGAACGGUAUAAGCACUGGGGCCCGGCCUAAAAACGUGAGUUCCGAUUGGUGGUAUGAUGACGUGUCAUCUUUGACUUUGCCUCUUUACAAAAGGUUGACUUUGGCGAUGGAAGCUCGUGGGAUUAAACAAGAAAUCAUCGCGGGUUCUCUCGAGUAUUAUACAAAGAAAUAUUUACCAGGGUUAAGUCGCCGGAAAAGCGCACCGGUGGGCAUGGUCGCCAUUGAGCCGCCAUCGGAAGAGGACCAAAAGAUUUUACUCGAAGAAGUCGACCGUCUACUUCCAAUGCAAAAAGGUAUAGUUUCAACUAAGUUCUUAUUCGGGUUAUUACGAACCGCGUUGAUUCUUCGGGCUAGCCAGUCUUGCCUAUUGAAUUUGGAAAAAAGAAUUGGGAUGCAGCUUGAUCAGGCAACUCUUGAAGAUUUAUUAAUGCCGAAUUUUUCUUACUCGAUGGAAACUUUGUAUAACAUUGAGUGCGUGCAACGGAUGGUUGAGCAUUUUAUGGCUAUUGAUCAGGCAACGGGUGGUGCAUCUCCUUGUUCUAUCGAGGAUGAACGGUUGUUGGGUUCACCAUCUUUGACACCUGUCACGAUGGUGGCUAAGCUCGUUGACGGUUACUUAGCGGAAGUUGCACCCGAUGUUAAUUUGAAGCUCCCGAAGUUUAUGUCUCUUGCUGAGGCUGUACCCGAGUAUGCUAGACCUUUGGAUGAUGGUUUGUAUCGCGCAAUCGACAUUUAUUUGAAGUCUCAUCCAUGGUUAGCAGAUGCAGAUAGAGAACAACUAUGCAGACUCAUGGACUGCCAAAAACUAUCAUUAGAAGCCUGCACACACGCCGCACAGAACGAAAGAUUGCCGUUAAGAAUCAUAGUCCAAGUUCUUUUCUUCGAGCAGUUGCAGCUCAGGACCUCUAUCGCCGGCUGUUUCUUGGUCUCGGACAACCUUGCAGACGGGUCAAGACAGUUUAGAAGCGGGUUAGGUGCAGCAUCACAGGAGGGCGGUUGGAACACGGCUGUGAGAGAGAAUCAAGUUCUGAAAGUGGGUAUGGAUAGCAUGCGGUUGCGGGUGUCUGAGCUCGAAAAAGAGUGUUCCAACAUGAAACAGGAGAUUGAAAAACUGGGGCGGGCUAAGGGCGGCAGUGGCGGCGGUGGUGGUGGCGGCGGUAGUACGUGGGGUAAUAUGUCGAAAAAGUUUGGGUUCAAAUUUAAGUCUCAAAUGUGUACUGCACAAGAGGGGAGUGUUAGCAAGCAAAAUAAUGCAAGUGGGAAGCUUGAAAAGAGUAGAGGGAAGCAACAAAAGCAUAAGAAAGAUUUGUCUUGGGAAGGGUAAAAUAGGAAAAGUAUAUGUUAAAAAAAUAUUUGUUUGGCAAAUGUAAUGUUAGACUAAAUUAAAGUCUCAAAUUGCCAAACGAAUAUUUUUUUUUUAUUUAGUUUCAACCUCUUUGUUUUUUAGCCCUUUGUUUAUGUUUAUUAUAUUAAGUUUGACUUUAAAUAUUGUGGUCAAAGUCAUUUGUAAGAACUAAGAAGACCUAAAUGUAGAGGAAAAAAAGUAUGUAUGUUUGCCUUUUGUA